UAAGCUUUAAAUCGAAUGCGCGGUACGGAGUACAUUAUAUGUAACUGUACAUAUAUCACAUACAAUAACAGCUGAACUGGCCUCCGUAUCGGACUCCGUAGAUGUAAUAUAUUUUGAAUGGUUCGUAAUAAUAAAAUGCAAUAGGUCACUGAUGAGUUAUCAAUUAGAAGUAUAUCAGCAGCUGUAAGUUAACUCCUCACUACCAGACCUUUGUUGCUUCACUGUGAAUACUAGGUCAUUUAGGCUGCCUUCUGAAACAAUAACACAUAGCAGAACUCACAGCCUUGUUCCAUUCCAUUUAACAGGAGGUAGAAGGUAGCAGAUAUCCCUUGCAUAGCACACCAUAUGUCCGACUGCCGGGCAGGAAGAAAAUUCCGGCGGGAGGUCGAAGCCCUUUCCCAGCAGUCGAGUCAGCGCAAUGUUUACCCUAGGCCGGAUCUUUACAUCCUCGACAAAUAUCUAAAGUCUUCACCCAAUUCAAGAUUUGCUCCAAAUGAUCCAAAUAUCUCCUCGACAGCAACCGACGAAGGUGUUACUAGCAACUUCGUAGUGAUGCAUGACAUAAAAGAAGGCACGAACGCAGCCUUCGGGUCAAAACCACAUGAUAUAGACAACUUUGCGUUGGUACCGAAAAAGAAGCCACACCUGUUAUUCAUGCGAGGCUAUGGCUCAACCCAGUGGUUGGCAACUAUUGGAGAGAUAUACAAAAUUAACCCUGAGCUAUAUCGACGACAUCUUAGUUUCGAGCCAUUUUCAUCGGGAACCCAGGAAUUUUACUCGUCACCCGCCCUCCCAUCGUCCUCAGUUCGAAUUUUCGACUUGACCAUUUCAACUGUUUACUGUCGAAAUGUUGCAGACACUGCCUAUGAGCCUGAGGAUCUACAAGAAGCACGUAAGCUUCAGGCGCGAGCGUUGGAUCAAUAUUUCAAACAGUUCUGUGAUAGGGUGCAAUUGGCGGACUCCGUAGUGCGGAAAUGUUUGCUGCUGAGCAAACGAGAAUACGUUUUAGAACAAACGAUAACAAUUGAGGUACGGCACCGAGAGGAAACUUGCCACGCUAUCGUGUGGCUUGAUAGCGGGAAGGAUCUCUCCCACAGCGUCCAGGGGCCAUGGAGUCCACUCUCCGGUACCCGGCCCUGGGAGACACGCUUCGUUCCAGUAAUAGUACAUCAAGCAGUCGACGCUCGAUCUCAUUCAACACUAGAUAGAUCUGAGCCGGUAAUGGGAUCCAGGUCCGUCCCGACUUCAAGUGAAAACAACCCCCCCCCAAGCAGACAAGAGACGGAGUGGAGAGCCGCACAAAACAUCUGCCUACUUCCAUUUCAAUACGGAUCAAUGAUCGAUCGGGAAGUUGCUGAACAAGAUGCAUUGUACGCCGUCAGCGAGGUCUUCCAGUUCGCUGCAUCUUCAGAACUCCAGUUUCUAAACCUUCUUCACGGCCGUAUUAAGCACGAGCUCUCCUUCACGGGUGAGCAGCAGAAGAUGGGUCGUCGCAACGACGCUGUCUCGUUGCUAAAUCUGAGAUUCAUAAAGACGCAGCUCAUAUCGCACGCUCAACGCCUCGCCGAAACCGUCAGAACUCUGGAAACUUGCGAUUUGCUAGGCUGGCAGCGCGAUCAAGAAUCUCCCAAAGCACAACAAAGAGCCCGCCUACUGCUCAGCGACUUUGGGUACCUACUCCAGCGUGCGGAGGGGUUGGCUAGGGAGUGUGACUCUGGCAUUGAUACACUGGUCAAUAGUUCCAUACUGGAAGAGUCGAGGCGGUCCACAGAGAAUGCUAUAAGAGUUCAGAAACUUACGGUCCUAGCUACCAUCUUUAUUCCUUUAUCGUUCGUUUGCACAGUUUGGGGUAUGAACUUCCAAGAGCUGGGCUCGGGUACCCAGCCUGUUUGGAUGUGGUUUGUUACAGCAGGGCCGGUCAUUUUGGUUUCCUUGCUUAUGUAUCAUUUUGAUACUUUGAUACACCUUCUUCGUACGACAUUUGGGCCGGAUUGAUAGAUUUAACUUACAGAGAAAGAUCCAUGUGCUUGGAGUAAUUUUGUGCGAAUUAUUUACUGUUCAUUAUUAUUAUUAUUAUUAUUCUUCAAUUAUAGAUGUAUGCAGUCAAGCACUAUGAUAUCUAGUUACCUGAGAACUUUCAAUUCUCAGGGUUUUUCUAAUAUCUAUACAGCUAAUUAUUAUACAUUUAUCCACACAACCGCUCCACCACGAACUCGCUCAAUUUUUCGAAUAAGAAACCACCGAUAGAUCCAUCGAACAGCCCUCGAUCAUACGAGCAUUUUGACCCCAACGCCGACUGCAUACCCCGUCUGGUGGUGGAGUUAUUCAACCAAACGUGGUUGGAAGCCCCCGCGUGGGAUUUUCCCCUGUCCACCCCUACCACACCACAACCCGGGUCAAAUUGUCAUACAAAUUUUUAACUCAAGAUCUGACUGAGUCUUUGAUCUCUGCAUAGUGAGAUA